AGCAAUGGUCUAUAAAAAGUUAUUGACACCUUUCGCUUCUCUACGGCGCUACUGGCGGUAUGAUAAAUAUAUUGUCGCUCCCAUUUUUCGUUAUAUUUACUAUCAAAACAUGAAUAGAUUUCAAUAUAUUAAUAUUAGUAUAUAAUAUAGUUAUAGCAUGGGCUUAUAUUUUAUUGUAUCGUGAUUCGUUUUCUUCUAUUCCUGGGGCUGAGGCCUGGCCCUGAGUAUGUAGACAAUGACAAUGUAUAGUGUAGAGUAGAAGGGAUUAGCAAUGUUUUUGUGUGACUGGUAAAAGUCUUAGUCUUAUACAGUCUAGUAAAAGAAAAAGAGGAUAUUUCACUGAUUGAAGGGCUGCACAGCGAAGUUAUCACUCAGGAACUGGGAUUGGAAGGCCUGAGUCAAGAGUUGUCGCCUCAACUGUUCCUUUAACCUUUAGCCUUUGGAAGCUUGUUCCAGUCCCUGAUUGACUCUGGCCUUGGCAAGAAUGAGCAGUUCCUGUACUUAGUUCUUGCUGUUAUAAGCAGGAACUGCCUGUCAUGGCCUCGUCCCUGCCAGUCUGGGGGAGAGAGGGAAGAGUUCUGUUUGAAGUUGGAGUUGGAGCAGUGGACCAGCCCAGUGUUUCCAGCAUGCUGCCAACACUAAAACCAAAGGUGUUGCUGUAGCGGUUCAGGACAAUGCUGCUGCCCAUUGCUGGACUGGCUCUAACCUGUCGAUGCUUCUCUGAGUGAAUGUUUACCAAACUGAAGAUGCAUAAUCUAAAAGCGGCCAGACUAAGGCUUUUUAGGCUUUUUCUUUCACACAGGAGUUGCAGAUCUUUAGGUUUUGCCUUAAGAACAUUAGGGUGACUAAGGUCUUGUUUGCCUGGUUAGACACAUUGUUAAUAUGAUUAUAGUCAAUAGUCUAAUGUAUAUGACUAUGUGUAGUGUAGUGUAGUAAACUAUGUUACUAAAUGUUUUAGUAAGACACUCACUUACUUACAACUUCUCUAAAAAUUUCAAAGUUGUUAUAUUUAUAUAUAAAUUACAUUAGAAAUGGAGAGGCUGCGUACACCAUGGGGGUGUACCUAGCAAAGUUAUAGACCUAGGCCUGUGUACACCACAGCAGUGUACCUAGGAUGACCAUGGACCUAGGCUUAGGCCAGGUUACACUGCAUCAAAAAAUUACCAUUGGCCUCGUCUUUAGAUAUGGCUGCUUGAUAGUAUCUUGUGUGGUAUUGGGGGUUAUUAAUAAACUGCGGUGAGAUGAUGCCACAAAUGGGGAAUAGUGAUCCAUUCCCUGAUGCAGAUCAAGUUUUACCAGUCUGAAACCUUCUUGCUUUUUCUCAUCUGUAUUAAAAAAUAUAUAUAUUUUAUUAUUACAUUAUUAUGUUCAUUUGUAACAAAAGCAUUUUUAUUUUAUUUUGUAGUAAAAAUGUACCUUAUCUGCCGAUUAUCAAGUGUUUUAACUUCUACAAGAUGUGGCAGCCUUUACUUAAAUAGUAAACUGCGUUAAGAUAAGCCAUACCUCCCAAAAACGUUUUAAAGAUUAGCACAAAGUCUUGGGACUUAAGUAAAGGGCUGAUUUUUGCAGGGAGCUGCUAUUCCCAGGUAACAGCCAGCAUGAUGAUCUUAAACAGAUACACUUGAGAAAAAAAAGAGGUGUCAUAACACAAAAAAAUUUUUAACACAAUCAUGGCAGUGCUCCGCAAGCAUUUUCUUAACCCCGCGCCCUAUCUAAUUACAAAAUGUUAUUUGAAAUUUUCUUUUUGAGAGUCUGAAUCAGCCAACAAAUUUCUGAAUGUCCAUUUUAUCACUUUAUUGUUGUUGUUUGGAAUAAUCCCAUUAUUCAUUAUAAAAAAAUAUAUUCAUUAUUUAUCUAUGCAAUAAUGAUUAGCAUGGCUAUUCAUUGAAUGAACAUUAUAGAUAGUAGUACAAUAGAAAUAAAAUAAUAUCUAUAAGAUUAAUAUACUUAUCAAAAAUCAAUAAAAAUUAUUCCCCAAAAUUAAAAAAGGUCUAAAAAAAUCAGCAAAGCAAAGGCGAGACUAAAUUGAAAAACAAUCAUUAAGAAUCAAGAUAAGGAAUACAGUUGUUAGUCUUAGUUUUGUUCUUGAUAAUAAUUGAAGGACUGCAUUCAAGCAGUGUAAAUGAAAUAGUAGUACAAGAAUGUUGAUGCGUGAAUCAAUAGACAGCACAACCAGAUAUGAAUGUUUCAGCUUUGAGCCUUCUUCAGCGAACAAGACAAAUGAAAAUACAACAAGAAACAGAGCUCAGUAAAAAAACUUUGGAGAGAUCCUUUGUUGUUGCCAGAAGUAAGAUCUGACGUCCGGCAACAAAAAAGGAUAUCUCCGAGGUUUUUUUUUACUGAGCUCUAUUUCCUUUUGUAUUCUUAUUCUUGAGCAACAUACAGUAUUUAUCUUUAUCUGUUUAUUAUGAAGCUGUUUUUUUACCAUUUCUUAUUACUACAAUGUUGUUAACAUUUGUGUUUACCAAACUUUAUAGUUUAUCUUACCAGUGGACAUUUUUCCCACAGCACUCUGACCCAUGCCAGAUCUAUUAACUCUUAGCUUUUGUUUAACCUUAAAAUUCUUUUAAAACAUUUUCUAAUCCCUGAUCAGCCAAUGUGAGAAACUCUCUUAAUUCUUUACUUUUACUGUUUAAUGCUGGCCAUUACUGUGCCAUGACAAGUUAUUUUGUUAUGGCAAUGGCUGUUAAACUUUAUUUAAGCUCUAUACAUUUUUUUGGUCUCAUGUUGUGCAGACCACCAUUUUGUGAAACACUGGUGUACAUCAUACUCAUUCAUAUUAAUCUGAAUAAUCAAAGUAGUCAUAAUAAUAGUUUUUCAGAUUUGCAUAUUCAACAUUAUUUUCAUUAUUAUGUUAAUUAAAAUGUGCUUUUUUUUUGUAUGUACAGAAGCACCUUGUCUCCAGCCAAUGUCACACUAGGAAGUCAAUAUAUCUGUAUUCAGGCAGGUUAAGAAUUAUCUUUUUUACUAAUAUUCCUUACUGUACCUGAUGCCACAAACUAAAUUUGCACAAUGUAAUUCAUAUAAGGUCUAUUAUUAAUCAGAUUCAAAAUCAAUGCUUUACAUUUUUUUAUGUUAAAUAUUUAUGUCUUGAUAAAUAAUUAAUGAGAUGUCAAUAGAACCUGAUAAAUAAUAAUUGAGAAACAAAUAGAACUUGAUAGAUAAAUUUUAAUCCAAACAUAAGUGCAAUUAUUUAAUAAAAAAUUAUGUCCCAAAUUGAUUCUUAGUUUUCAAAUAAUUUUUAAUACACAAAAUCCAAACAUAUGUUUUUUUUUACUAACAUCCUGUUGAAAAUUAUUAGCCACAAGCUGUGUCCGGUAGAUUCUUGACCGUUACAGUGACAGCAUCUGCUGCUUCUGUGUUUGCGCUCCUCUUCCUUAGUCAACCUCCAUCCCAAUCACUCACACCAGGACGUUCAUUCAGACGUGAUCACAGUCAAGACUCACACUCUGAUGCUGCUGUGCUAAAAACUGAAGCAUUAAUAAAAGAGUAAGCAACGAAUCUCAAUGAUAAAAGUAUUUUAUACUACAUUUACAUCUUAUUUUUGAUUUUCAAAAAAUAUGGCUAGCCUUUACACUCAAUAAUCUAAAUUCCCUUCAAACUUUCUGGAUUUAUUAUUUUUGUUAACUAAGAUGGAGUUCUAUUUGUCAGUGAAUUUAUUCCAAAUAUUUUUUUUAUAGAAUUCUGAAAUUUUUUUCCCUUGCCAGGCGAUCCAAAAUUUUAAAACCAAUGAAUUAUAUUAUUCCUUUUAUGUGCAAGUUCUCUUAACAUGAGUUGUUUCAUGUUAUCAACUUCCAUUUAUCUCUUUAAUCAAUAAAAAAAUACCAUGCCUUAUAUGUAAUUUUCUUGGGUUUAUAAAUAUUGCAAGUACACUUUUUUGUCUAUCUUUCUCUUCAGUUCUUGGAGUUAAUUUUCAAAACGGAUGUUGGUUUCUGUGUCCUCAUAUAGUUUCUAUUCACACAUAUGUUACAGGGAAGCACCAGGGAUGUCUAAGCCAACAAUAUCAGAACCGGUGAAAAAUGCAAAAGCAGCAGCAGUUUGGGGGCUGUUUGUGGCUGACGCCAUUGCUAUGCCCGUACACUGGUACUAUGAACCGUCAGACAUCAAACAUGACUAUGGUCAAUGGCUUUCAGGCUAUGUUGCGCCCCAUGGGAAACACCCUUCAUCUAUAUUAAGGUUAUCUGCAGUUGGUGAGUACAAUAUUUUCAGAUAGUACAAUGUAAACAACGCAUCUGUGAAGGGAAGAGUAAAGUUCAGCUUUUACAACCUUAGCAAAGCAUUUUCCUUGGGUUUUCUUUAAUAGGAGAGCUAUUACUUUAAAGCAGUGAGGGGAAAUAGCUGGUGGGGAGUGAUAAAGGAUGACAUAGUAGGCAUGGCUGCCAUUUCUGUUGUUACUGCAUGGCCUCAUUUAAUUCUCUCCGUUUUGUGCUGCAUGUCUCUAGGCUCACAAUUUAUUUUUCUCUUAUUUCUUCUAGAUGGCAGUGGGAGAGGUGCAAAUUCUAGUGGCAAGGCCCUGAUUGGUAAUGUGAUACUACAUGAUAAGCUGCAGUUCUGGAAUGGAAGCAAUAAAAACAAUCAUUAUCAUCAAGGUAGGAUUCUUGUAAUUUAUAUUUCACUUUAUGUCCAAGCACUGACUUCUUCAUGUAGAGAGGUUGCAUACAAAUAUUAAUCUAUAAAUAAAGUUUGUGAUAACUGUAAAAGUUAAUGGUGAAUAAAUGUAGAACAUUUAUUUUCAAAUUUAUGGAAAGAGAUGAAUUGUUCCUUUUAAAAUUUUAAUAAUUUUUAUCACUUUUAUAAUUUUAAGUUGAUAUGAAAAUUAAGCUUUUCAAAUAUGAAAACAAACAAAAGACAUUUGUAAAUUCCAGAAUGAACCAACAACAGGUUUGGAGGGAUAUCAAAGUUUAAUUUACUUGAACCUUUUACUAAUUUCUAAACUGAUGUAGAAAUGUGAUAAAUUAAUUUUAAUUAGGGCUGUCAAAUAGACUUGCAAUGAUCUUGUACUGGUGUCAGAUUAUUGGCAUUGGAACUCACUCAGAAGCCAUUUAUAGGCGUAUCGAUUGUUUUUAUAAAUAUUAGAAAAAUAUUUUAAAUGUUCCAUUGCUUUUAUAAAUAUUAGAAAAAUAUUUUAAAUGUUCCAUGUUUUUAACAGCAGCACAAUAGUUACAUUGUCAUUGCAGGUAUGAAGGCAGGCGACAACACCCUAAAUGCUGUGAUGGCUCUGCAUGAACUGCAGACUAUGAAUAAAUUUGACCAUGACCUUGUCAAACCUGAGAGGUUGGUGAGGGCUGCCGUGCUUGAGGAUUAUGUCCAGUUCAUGACCACUCCUGGCACCCACAACGACACAUAUGCAGAAUCUUUUCACAGAAGUUUUUUCAGAGCUUGGACAGAUUCAGGAGAAAAGAAGACAGCAGAUGAAGUUAUUGAAUUCGCUGAAAAUAGGUUAGUAACAACAUUUUCUAUUUCCCUCUGCAUAUGUAGAUAAUAAACAAGGAAACAAAUGGAUUGGCUUCAGGAAAGUCUAUAUCCUAUUAUAUUUAUAAUUUAUUGAUUAUUAAAUUUAUGUCAUAAAACAGUUUUCUUAAAGACCAUGACUGGAAAUUAAAUUAAAAUAUUUUUAUAUCAUGAAAAAGAAAUGACAAAAUCAGUUUUGAUUUGACUCAAAAUGUACCAAAAAAAAAUACUCAAAGAAAUAAUCUUUCAACUAUUAAAGAAUACAUUUCCUUGGAAGGGGAAAUAAUGAUGUUUGAUUACAUUUCCCCCAAAGACUUCUUUUUGGUUGAUGAAACGUCUUGGUAUUUAGACUAUGUUUUAAUAGGCUCGAGGACUACUAUAUUUCGGACAAGGGUACAAAAUAAGUAUGAAGGUGGCAUGAUCAUGUGUCGUUUCAGAGGUAAAAUUCAAUUGUUACGAAGGAGUCUGUCUUCAUCUAUUGUCCAAGGAUAUAAAUAUUACUUGAGCUGCCUCGUGAUGUGUCACAAUUAUUCUGCUACUCUAUUGUACUGAUUUUUGUGAUCUAAUAUUUGAUGUAAUUCUGUGAGUAGUUGAAUAAAAGUGUGCGAAAACAGUACUUGGUAAACAGUACUUGGUAUUUCAUUUUAGAAAGCAUUGAGACUCAUGUGUUUGCUUGAGCCAAGAAUAGCAAAAAACAGAGAACCUCCACAUAGUUACGAAGACUGUAACACAAGUGGUAGACAAUUCAGUAUAUAAGAAGAACAGUUGCAAUAUACAAAGCUACAGUUGAAUUUAUUUUAAAAAUAUGCCAAUGUCUUGCUUUCUUUCUUGGGUUAGGUCCAAAAAGAUGCUUGAAUCCAAUCCAGACCACCAACUGGCAGUUGUUGGCAGCCUCGUUCCUGCCAUUCCCUGGAUCAUAAGAAAUGCCCAUAAGUCUGAGAAAGAGUGCGUGCAGAAUGUCGUGGACUUUGUCAAGCUGACUCACCCCGUGCCCUCCUUGGUCUCGUUCGUGGACACCUACACGCGCCUGCUGCAUGCUGUUAUCAAUGGCAAGGAUUUGAAGUCUGAGGUAAAAAAAAAUUUCUUUUUUUUUUUUUUUUUUUUUAAAUUUUUUUUUUGACUUUUUUUUUUGGAUGCUGGGUGAGUUGGUCGUUUGUUGGCAGGUGGUUAGCAGAGUCUGUUUCUGGCAGAUGGUUAGCAAAGUCUGUCCCUGGCAGGUGGUAAGCAGAGUCUGUCCCUGGCAGGUGGUAAGCAGAGUCUGUCCCUGGCAGGUGGUUAGCAAAGUCUGUCCCUGGCAGGUGGUUAGCAAAGUCUGUCCCUGGCAGGUGGUAAGCAGAGUCUGUCCCUGGCAGGUGGUAAGCAGAGUCUGUCCCUGGCAGGUGGUUAGCAAAGUCUGUCCCUGGCAGGUGGUUAGCAAAGUCUGUCCCUGGCAGGUGGUAAGCAGAGUCUGUCCUGUUGUGAUAUUCUUCCAUGAAUAAUUCAGAGGGUUUAAUGCGUUAUUAUCGAAUAAAUGUUCAUUUAUGUCUACCUAAAAUCUGUUUUUUCAAUAGUGGGGGGAGGGGAGGGGUGCGCCAAUGCGUUUUGUUAACCCUCUCCUGUGUAACCUACAUUUAUAUAAGGAGAGGGGCAUAACUUGAUUCAGACACAUUUAUUUCAGCCAUAAAAAUUAAUUAUCAAAAAUUGAAAAGUCCUUUUUUUUUUUGUUUUAUUUAAAUCAGUGUUUUAAGUAUAAAACUGAAUUAUGAUUAAUAAGCAGGUUAAAAAAAGGUUAUGUAUAGAGUUAUCUUUGAGGUCUAAUACCUGACGUUGGUCAUUGGUUCAUAUUCCCAAGCUGACCCCUAUCACGAUAGUCACUAUCACAACUAUGACCAAUGUGCUAGUAAUCAUUUUUAAACUCAGAUUCACAGUUAUUUUAAAAUGAAUGAUUAAUUUUCUGUAUCAAUUUCAAUAUAUUAUUCUACAUCAGUCUUUCUGAUUAUUUCAUUCUUGUGGUUCUUUUUUAAAUUUUUUAUUGAGGCUGUAAGAGCUUUGAAAGCAUUGCUAAAGUUUUAACACUUAUAACUCUGUUGUUAAAAAAGAUGAAAGCAAUAGAGAUAUUUCAUUAAGAUAAACAAUGUUCUCUCAAGCAUAGGAGGAAAUACUGGCACCCAAGCACUAUGGACGUUUGGUUGUUAGGCAUUCUGGAUGACUGUAACACAGUAGAAUGUUUGGUGCUCUGAAUGAGUUGAACACAUUUAGAAAAUUAGGUGCACUGAAUGAGAUUAACACAGUAGAAUGUUAGGUGCUCUGAAUGAGUUGAACACAUUUAGAAAAUUAGGUGCACUGAAUGAGAUUAACACAGUAGAAGGUUAGGCGCUCUGAAUGAGUUGAACACAUUUAGAAAAUUAGGUGCACUGAAUGAGAUUAACACAGUAGAAUGUUAGGUGCUCUGAAUGAGUUGAACACAGUAGAAUUUUAGGUGCACUGAAUGAUAUUAACACAGUAGAAUGUUAGGUGCUCUGAAUGAGUUGAACACAUUUAGAAAAUUAGGUGCACUGAAUGAGAUUAACACAGUAGAAUGUUAGGUGCUCUGAAUGAGUUGAACACUUUUAGAAAAUUAGGUGCACUGAAUGAGAUUAACACAGUAGAAGGUUAGGCGCUCUGAAUGAGUUGAACACAUUUAGAAAAUUAGGUGCACUGAAUGAGAUUAACACAGUAGAAGGUUAGGCGCUCUGAAUGAGUUGAACACAUUUAGAAAAUUAGGUGCACUGAAUGAGGUUAACACAGUAGAAGGUUAGGUGCUCUGAAUGAGUUGAGCACAGUAGAAUUUUAGGUGCUCUGAAUGAGUUGAACACAGUAGAAGGUAGUACAAACUCGGUAUUUGGAGAUUUGGGAAGAUGCCCACAAUUAGGAUUGGGUUAUUUAAUCAAUGGGUUAAAAGCACCAGAGGUAAUUGAAAGUUAAAGUGAGCUAAGAGUUUUUUUUAAAGUUUGAGUUUGAGAACCACUGCUGUAAUCACCCCAUUUCAUACCCUUUCCUGUUUCUAAUUUGUUAUAUCCCUUCUGAUAUCUGAUGUCCCCGGUGUUGUUUUCCAGGUUAUGCAAGCUCUUGGAAACUCCAUCCUUGGAGGGCCAGGAAAUCGGGAUAGAAUUUUGAAAAAACUUGAUGCCUCUGCAAGGUACAUGUUCAUAAAAUUAGGAUUUAACUCUUGCUUAAGUGCCGUUCAUUUUAUUUUUGUUGGAUUCUGGCCGGUGAAGCUUAGCUGGUAAGGCUGCAGUUGUAUUUGCAUAAAAAGAGGCUCAUUUAAUCUUUGGCCGAGAUGUCUCCUGUCUGCAGGCUUAAAUUGUUGAGUUUAUUUUUAUUUUUUUUUACUCAUGGUUUACUCCCCCUCCCCCCUAAAGGAUUGCCUUAGUUUAUUACAUGGUCUCCACUCAGAUGAGAAAAGCUAAUCAUGUAAAGCGGACAGGAAGUGGUACAGGCAAUGGGCUGACAACACGACCGCCAGAGGCGUCUUUUCGAACUUGCCUACUCCUAGCAAACAAGACCCAUGGUGGGGGUUAGGUCGCAGAUCGCAGAGUCUAGUGACGCAGAUGCGCACCGAGCACUGCCCCUUGCGCACAUAUUUCUGGAGGUUGGAUAACAACAGAGAUCCUACCUGCCGGCAUUGCAGCCUGGCCCCANCCUGCCGGCACUGCAGCCUGGCCCCAGAGACCUUAGAACAUCUGUUGACGGAGUGUCCCGCACUAGAUCUCCCGGGGGAAGCCAGGGCGGUUGGAGGAUCCUUUGUGAGGGAAAUGUUGUAUGGCUCAGCUCAACAGAUGGAGUUGAUAGCCAAUUUACUAGCCGGGGUCAUAAGAGAGUAAUCUCAGACCUUCACCAGAAUAUGUGCGUUAGUUAGUGAAGUUACAUGUGGUUUAGAUCUUUAAUGUCAACCAUGUUGAAAAGAUGGCUGACAUGACGUUUUUUGGGGGAGGGUGGGGGUGGUGUGUUGGCUGUGUUGCCUUUUAAUAUUUUCUACUACCACUUGUGGAAUUGUUUUUGAAACUAAAAUAAAUCUCAUAACUCAUUUUUCAACUUUGCAUAAAAUUUUUCUUCCUUCUCCAGUAUUCCUAAAGGCUCAGAAGCCAGACUCCAAAUGUAUCAAUCCAUGGUCUCCUUGCUUGGCUCUGCCUGCUACAUUGAAGGGGCGCUCAACUCCCUCCUGUUUCUAGCACUGGAGUUCCAUGAUGACUUUGAGGGGGGAGUCCUGGCCAAUGCUAACUCUGGAGGUAAUCUCCCAAUGCUUCAUCUUGACAUGAACGCGGUCAACUGUCCAUAAACGUAUGGACAGUCUUUAAAAAAAUUAAACCUAUUAUGAAUUUUCUUUAAAGUCCAUAAAAGCCAGAGGAUGUGCAUUUAAAGAAAAGGGACAUAUUACACAAAAUUAUUGAGGUGAAACCAAACGAGACGUUCUGUCCUUUGGGAAUAUUAUUUUUUUUUUGUUUGCUUUCAAAGUUUUUAGAUCAUAAUGAGGAAAAAUUCAACUAUUGUGAGAAUUCCAUCCAACAAACUGGCAUUAUCACAUUGCAUCUAACAAACUAACAAUAUCACAUUCAAUCCAAAAAACUAGCAAUAUCACAUUCCAUCCAACAAACAAGCAUUAUCACUUUGGCUGAAGCCAAAUGCUCAUAUCACAUAGAGACCUAAUAGAGACUUUAUUAGAAACUUGACGUAGUCACACUUCUAUUCGACAUUUUACUUAUAGUCAUAGGAACAUAUGAAUAUUAAGUUUUUAUUGUUUCCAAGGGUUAAAUGAGUUUAUUUGAACGUUGUCCCUAAAACAUUACGCUGCUCCUUAAAACAUUACGCUGCUCCUAAAAAAGUGUGAACUUUAAGACAGUGAUAAUUUUUAAAUUAAUUCAAUGACCCGGGACACAACCUGGGAAUGACAUACAUCUUAAAGGACGCUUUCCUGAAUCUCAAUUAUAUUUAAAAAAAAGAAAAAGCCUUAUAACUUGCAUUAGAUUUUUUUUGUUUUUGAAUCUUACAUAAUAAUUUUCUCACACUUGACUUAACUUAGUUAUGGAAUGCAACAUUUUUUAUUAAACUUUUAAAAUAAAUCCUUUUUUUAAUUCAACAUCAUAGUAUUCAAAUUUUUUAAAUAAUGUACAAUUUUAGACAUGAAAUGUUGGCAAUAAUUAUGUGCAUUGUCCACUAGGGGGAAUAACUCCUAGCACAAUAGCUUUCUGUAAUAUGUCAGCAGAGCUGUUCACCCUGAUUAUGGUGAUCUUCUCUUUCUCCUCUGCUUAUGUUAAUUCAAGUGAUGCUGCAUAGAUGUUAAACUUUGAUAUUGACCUACAGUUAACAUUCUGUAUUAAGUAUUUGUGACUAAACUUGAUUCAAAUUCAUUACAAAAAAAAAUUAUAUUUAUUUGAGGAACGAAAGAAAAAGAGAGAAAAUAACAAAAUAUUGGUAACAUCUAUAAUAAACAUAAUACAUUAUUUGUUAUUUUUUUUACAUAUUGUAAAAGUAAUAAAGUUUAACAAGCUAACCAAUCCUUGUCCUUACAAACUAAGAAAAUAAGAUUUGUUUUAAAGAUUUCUGGAACUUGGUCCAUACUUUAGCAUUAAAUGAUUUGGUGCAACAUCUAAGGUAACUGUUAAGAGCUACAGCACAGGUUUUUUUUUUUUUUUUUUGUCAAAGCAUUAUAAAAAGUUUGAGAGCUCUCGAUAUAACAUGUCAUUUAUUUUUUCCCUCAAGUGACCCUCAUCACUAAAAAUAUUUUGGGUAGCAAAUUUUUGUGAUCAGUGGCUGCAUCAGUGAAUAUCAAACUGUCUCUUGCUGCAUCACAUUGUUCCGUGUGGCACACAGAUAUACAAUAAUACAUAAUGUUCCAAGUUAUAACAUAUGCUGGUGAAUUUAAGAAAAAAAAAUUUGGGGGGAAUACUUUAUUAAUACAAAUAUUAUUUCUGUUCUUACAGGUGAGAAUUGUCAUCGUGGAGCUGCUCUUGGGGCUCUUCUUGCUGCAGCAUCAUCCUACAAGGGUACUGGGGUGCCUGCCAAAUUCAAAGAUGGUCUACAUUCAUUAAAGCCAGCCAUUGAAACAGCAGUGAGGGAAAUGAAUGAAGGGUUUUAGAAACACUGUUUAAAUGUAAAAACGCUGAUGGCACUGGUUGCUCAGUAUGUUUCAGACUGUAUCAUAAACGAGUGUUGAUUUCACUGCUGCUUGGUCAAGUCAACAUUCUAUUACAUUUUCAGAAGUGCUUUUUUGCUUUCGUCUAAAGUACUUGACUGAGAAAAUAAUAGCCUAACAUGAACAGUUUCACUAUACACAUCGGGCAUGCACAACUCAAAAUGUAAGGCGGGCCGUAAUAUUUUAUGAAAAAAUUGUACGGGCCGAAAGAUACUAGGCUAGGGGGAAAGCUAUUUUUAAAAAAAAUAAUAACAAAGAAUAUUUCAUUACUUUGUGGGCCACAAAGUGGGUGCUCGUGGGCCACAUGCGGGCCAUACGUUGUGCAUGCCUGAUAUACAUGAUUAAACAACUGUUUUAUUUGUUAAUAUGCCUCUAAUUGUAUACAGUACGGUAAAAGGAUUUAUGAACUUUGGAUUCAUCAUCCAGAUUCACUGGCCAUUUGGAUAAAUAUCUUUAGAGAAAACAUUUGGAUAAGUACCGGUACCUAUAAAGAAAACAUUUGGAUAAUUAUCUUGAAAGAAAACAUUUGGAUAGGUACCGUGAAAGAAAACGUUUGGAUAAGUAUCUUGAAAGAAAAAAUCAUGAAUCUGAAAUACUCAUCAAUCACAUAUAACCUGUAGAAUUAGUUCAAGAGUUACAUUAGGAGAUGUUUUUUUCUUUUUCAAAUCAGUUUUAUUUCCUUGAAAUUGGCCAGCAGGUUGAAUUAAUUAGUAUUUAAACAUGUGUUUGCACACUCAGCUCGGCUGUCGGAUGAAUAAAUCCAACCGUUGUGUGACCUGUCUAUACAAAUAAAUUAAUAGUGGUAUGCAAGGUUGGAAAUAUUUCAGGGUAGACCUGUUGGUUUUUUUCUUAGGUCUUCUAUCUAUCACCAUACUCAGGAGAUUUUGUCAUAUAUUGUACAAUAGGCUGUGAUUUAAAGAGACGCACAAAUUUUGUGUUUCUUUGCUUGUAAUUAUCCUCAAAACUGAGUUAUUUCUUCAGAUGUCAGCUUUUUAAAAUGGCCCCGUGUCCUCCGAGGCUGGGUCUCCCAACUUUUUCUAUACUCUGUAGCACCUAAACAAUUAUUUGACUAAGUUUUGCACUCCCCCUACCACUUGUUUCACUAAGUCUUGUACUCCCUACCACUUGUUUGACUAAGUCUUGUACUCCUUCUACCACUUGUUUGAAUAAGUCUUGCUCCCCCCCCCCACCUAUUGUCUGACUCAGUUUUGCAUCCCCCAAAGAAUAACAAUGCUUUAAACAUUGAAACAGAAUGGACUCAUCACUUAUUCCAACAACUAAAAUGUUAAUUAAGAAAUUUAAGAAAAUAUUAAAAUUCAUACCAUGACUUAAAGUUAUUGGCCCUUCUGUUCUUAGAAAUUAAAAUCAUAUUUUCAUGUGCUUUGGUUUAAGUGGGGGUGGGGGGCAUGUGAGCAAUCCAAUUUGGGGAAACUCCGGUCAAAGGCAUCCUACUCCAACCUGAAUCAAGUGUGCAACGUUUUAGUAUUCGAAUCUCAAUAAAAAUUAUUUUUCCUUUUAUGGCAACUUUUAAUGUACUUGUAUUUAUUACAUUGCACUUUUUAACUUGUUUCUUAUAAUGUAAUGGUGAAAUAUUAAGUCUGUAAAAUCUUACAUUUUAACAGAAAAGCUAUGUAAUACUGUUUUUUUUUUGUUUUUGUUUUUUUUUGGAUUGAAAUUUUUGUGCUACAAACAAAUGUUAGUUUGGUUCAUCAUAUCAAAAUAGAACAAGUAUUCAUCAAUUAAAAUUUUAACUGAACACUGUUUUCCUAAUAGUUCCACUCAGCAUUGAUUUUAAGAAUAUACCUUUUUAAAUAUGCUGUCAUAUUGUUACUGAAAAAAUGAAAACAAACUUCACCGUAAUAAAAAAAAAAAAUAGUUAU